AUGGUCCACUGGGACACGCCCACUUCCUCCACCCCCGCCAACGUCAGCUACACCCUUGACUACCGCCAGGAAGGUGAGUGUGUCAGUUGUGAGUUUGUUGUGCUGUGCGCGUGCGUACGUGCGUACGGCUGUGCGUGGUGGUCAGCUCUCCUCCUCUCUCCCCCUCCAGACCCCUGGCCUGGCAGCAGGCGGCCUCACGGGGAGACUUGUGUGUGCCAGGUGGAUGGCCUCAUCCCAGGGGGCCAAUACCUGUUCAGGGUCCGAGCCUCCAGCCCCUGGGGGGCAUGCACCCCCCUCCCCCACCUCAGACACCAUCACCUGCCCUGCAACACCAACUCCAGCUUGGAUGGGACCGGGUUCCUCUGGAAAGACAACUUCGACACCAGCUUCUCUGAGAUCUGUGAGCUUGGAAGGGGGCGCUUCUCAGUGGUGAAGAAAUGUCUGAGCAGAACGUCCAAGAAAGAGGUUGCAGUGAAGAUCGUGAGCAAGAAGAUGCAGAAGAGGGAGCAGAUGGCUCAGGAGGCGGACCUCCUCCAGCACGCCCAGAACCCCCAGCUGGUGGCCCUGCUGGAUACCUACGAGACCCCCUCCUCCCUCAUCCUGGUCUUGGAGCUCUUGGAAGGAGGCCGUCUCUUUGACUACCUGGCCUCCCAUGAUGCUCUUCUGGAGGAGAAGGUGGCCUUCUUCAUCAAAGACACCCUGGAGGCCCUCCAGCACCUGCACACCUGCAGGGUGGCACACCUGGAUUUGAAGCCAGAGAACAUCAUGUUGGACGUUCACUCCGUCGUCCCGGUCGUGAAGCUCAUUGACCUCGGUGACGCCGUCCAGCUCUCCGCCAACCGCCGCUAUGUCCAUCUGCUGCUAGGCAACCCUGAGUUCGCUGCCCCCGAGCUGGUCCAGGGCUUGCCGGUCUCCACGGCGACAGAUGUGUGGAGCGUGGGCGUGCUGGCGUACGUAGCGCUGAGCGGCGUCUCACCCUUCCUGGAUGAGUCCCCUGAGGAGACCUGCGUCAACAUCUGCCGCCGGGACUUCUGCUUCCCUGACCAGUACUUCCUAGACGUGAGCCAGGCUGCGAGGGACUUUAUCUCCGCCGCUCUGCACCUGGACCCUCGCAAGAGACCCAGCACCACCUCCUGCCUGCAGCACCCCUGGGUGGGCCGGGGCGGGGCACACGGCAGGGAGUACUCCAGGAUGCCGCUGGAUACGGGCCGGCUGACGGCCUUCAUCGACCGGAGACGACAGCUCCACGACGUCCGAGCCAUCACUAACAUCAAGAGUCUUGUCGGCACGGGCCUCGGAAGCACACUGUGAUGCACCCCAUGGACACACCUGGACCAGCCGGACACACCUGGACAGGAUCGACACACCUGGACCAGCUGGACACACUUGGACCAGCUGGACACACCUGGUCCCUAAAGGACCUCCAAACACUCCAGUACCACCAGGAAACUCCAGGGUCCCAACAGAAACCUCAACUAAACACUUUGUCACACACUUUGUCAUCUUUCUGCUGAAACUGUUGCCUCGGUGACCAACAAUAGGUUAGCAUGCUGACCUCCAGGUACACUCUGGCAGAACAGUCUAUGGUGACACCACUCUAGUUAUCCAGGGGAACUGCAGCAGGAGAAGGGUUUGGAGCUGCUGUGUCAGGGGAUACUGGAGCAGCUCAAAGACACUGUGAAUGAAGAGAGGACAAGCUCUGCAAAACACACUGUGAGGAAGUCAGCUGCUGCACUCAGCUUCCAGAGUUUAAUUUAGGGGAGACACAGCCUCUGUCUGAUUCCUGCAGGGAGCCUCGAAAUCAUCAUACCGAGUCAUCAUGGUGAAAUAAUACUUCCCCACUACCCUCUAGCAUGGUACCAUCCACCAUCAGAGACACACUUUGAUCUGGGACAACUUUAGAUUUACCGAUACUGCACGAUUUACCGUGCAGUAGCAGGUAAUUUGAACAAACCCGAGGUAAAUGUUAAACGUUCAGCCAUCCUACCAUCCAUCCAUCUCUCUCCUCCACCAUUUAUUCAUGUAGGGGGGGAUACAAGGUGGCAAAUAGAAUCGCUCAGCUUUCUUUUACCCUGGCAACCUCCUCAACCUCCGUCCCUGCUGAGAAGAGUCAUUUGUUCUCAAAUCUCUUUCAUUGGUCACUCCCACAUCCCUAUAUGAACCACAAGGAGACUGGAACAGCUGAUCUGACAUCUGCUGGGCUGAGGGAUGAAGUCGGCUGGACUCACUCAACAAAAUACUCCUUAUCAAUGUCCUCAAUUGAAGGGUUCAGUCCAUAAUGUGAGCAGGAGGAGAUAUCUUUCAGAGACCUUGAUGUAUAUUCUCGGACAGAGCAUGGAGUUAUGUCUCUCACGCCUUACAUCUGCUAGAAUCAGGUAGAGAGGAAACGUCCAUUACUGGACGAGGGGAGGUGUUCAAGUCGAUCGAAACACACUGUUGUAGUCUGUUCUUCAAACACUAACCUGUCCUGUUGGAGGUAGGGUGACUGACCCUGUGGGGUAGUGAGUUACAGGUUGUCCAACUGCAGGUUUUGUUCAUACUGUUGAAUGUAAAAUAUAUUGUGUUCUGAUAUAUCCGAGGUCUCUUGUGGCCUACAUCUCAAUGCAUUUGAGUGUAUUCAGCGGGUGAUUGUGAAAUACAAAUAUAAGCACGCACUUUUAUUAUAACCAUUUUCCUUAUCGAUGGCAAUUUUAAUAUUCAGCCGUUACAUUAUCUAUAAUCUGUUAUUUUAGUAUAAAAUCAUUGACACUCAUAUCUAGAAUGUCGUUCAUAAGAAGGAAAUGUUUACAGACUCCAGCUGCUCUAGUUAGUCAGCUAGGUUAGCAUGAUUUAACGUGUAGUGGCUUCACUUGUCCACACUGUACAUCUAUGUCCCAACAGGUUUUACAAUCCAGUCCAAACUGUUUUACAAGACCAGUUGUAAACCAGGUCUUGUAAACCACCUUAUAUAUGGAACUCCUGAAGAAUAAUGGGUUAAGAAUGUUGAAGGAUUUCAAUCGAUUUAUUUAUCGAUUUAUAUUCUAACUUCUAUUUAUGUAUUCUAUUGUGUUUCAUAAUGAUUUGCUUAUUGAAUCAACCUGUCUCUGUCUGUCCAACCCCUACCGGCUCCUUAAUGACCUGUCUCUGUACUGUCUAUCCCCUACCUGCUCCUAAAUUACCUGUCUCUGUACUGUCUAAACCCUAACUGCUCCUUAAUGACAGCUAUUGGUUUUAUUGAUCUGAUUCUUAAAAAUGGCCCAUGGUCCAA